AUGGCGAUUUGGACAAACUCUUCAACGGGCUCCGGGCAGGAGCGCGGCAGCUUCCGCUCGCUGCUCGAGAGCGACGUGAAGGAGGAGCUUGGUCACCCCGAGUACAGGAGCGAGAUGCAGGUUCUCUCCGACGCUUUAGGCCUUACGCAGGGCUCCGGCUUUGUUCUGAUCCCUGGGGGUCUGACCCGCGUGGAUCACCCGUGGCUUCUCUUUCAGGACCCUCAGGGUCGCCACGUCAAGACGUACGAGGUGUCCCUGCGCGAGAAGGAGUUUAACAAAGGCCCGUGGAAACAGGAGAACGUAGAGGCCGAAGCCUCCAUGGUCAUCGCAGUGCCGGAGCCUUUUGGAGGUGCCAUCAUCAUCGGGCAGGAGUCUAUCACCUAUCACAACGGAGACAAAUACCUGGCCAUAGCUCCACCCAUCAUCAAGCAAAGUACCAUCGUGUGCCACAACCGCGUGGAUCCCAACGGAUCCCGUUACCUGCUGGGCGACAUGGAAGGGCGCCUCUUCAUGCUGCUUCUGGAGAAGGAGGAGCAGAUGGACGGCACUGUCACCUUGAAGGACCUGCGCGUGGAGCUGCUCGGCGAGACAUCCAUUGCAGAGUGCUUGACCUACCUGGACAACGGAGUUGUGUUUGUCGGCUCUCGGCUUGGGGAUUCCCAGCUCGUGAAGCUCAACGUGGACAGCAACGAGCAGGGCUCCUACGUGGUGGCCAUGGAGACCUUCACCAACCUCGGCCCCAUCGUCGACAUGUGCGUGGUAGACCUGGAAAGACAAGGCCAAGGGCAGCUGGUCACGUGCUCGGGUGCGUUUAAGGAGGGCUCCCUACGGAUCAUCCGGAACGGCAUUGGGAUUCACGAGCACGCCAGCAUUGACCUGCCGGGGAUUAAAGGUUUGUGGCCCCUGAGGUCAGAUUCUCAUCGGGAAACGGACAACACGUUGGUGCUGUCCUUUGUUGGCCAGACCAGGGUUCUGAUGUUAAAUGGCGAGGAAGUAGAAGAGACAGAGCUCACGGGGUUUGUGGACGAUCAGCAGACUUUCUUCUGCGGCAACGUGGCACAUCAGCAGUUGAUCCAGAUCACCUCUGCCUCUGUGAGACUGGUUAGUCAGGAGCCCAAAGCCCUGGUGAGCGAGUGGAAAGAGCCCAACGGGAAGAACAUCAGCGUGGCUUCCUGCAACAGCAACCAGGUGGUGGUGGCUGUGGGACGAGCCCUGUACUACCUGGAGAUCCGUCCCCAGGAGCUCAGGCAGAUCAGCUGCACCGAGAUGGAGCAUGAGGUUGCCUGCCUGGACAUCACCCCCUUGGGGGACACUAACGGCAUGUCCCCGCUGUGUGCCAUCGGGCUCUGGACGGACAUCUCCGCCCGCAUCCUCAAGCUGCCCUCCUUUGAACUGCUGCACAAGGAGAUGCUGGGAGGAGAAAUUAUCCCUCGCUCCAUCCUGAUGACAACCUUCGAGAGCAGCCACUACCUUCUGUGUGCGCUGGGGGAUGGAGCUCUCUUCUACUUCGGGCUCAGCCUCGAGACAGGCUUGCUGAGCGACCGGAAGAAGGUGACGCUCGGGACCCAGCCCACCGUGCUGAGGACUUUCCGCUCGCUCUCCACCACCAACGUCUUUGCCUGCUCCGACCGUCCCACCGUCAUCUACAGCAGUAACCACAAGCUCGUCUUCUCCAACGUCAACCUGAAGGAGGUGAACUACAUGUGUCCCCUCAACUCGGACGGGUAUCCCGACAG